GUUUUCACAAAUCAGUACAAAAUGUAACACAAACAUGCACUAUCGUAGGUCAUUAGGGAGAAACUGCUCGCGACGCUGUCAUUUUGAUGAAAGCCCCGCCCGUGCGUAGGAAAAACGGGUAAUUAUUUACUAGAGAGCCGCUGACGACCGGGCUCUUUUAGUUUCAGUUAUUCCUCACUUCCUGCCUUUCGCUCAGUUCCUCGCGGCGGCUCUCGAGCUCAUGGCCGUUAACGCGGUUGGAUGAAGACCUCGAAGUGUCGAACACGAUCGAAUCGUGAUCUGUGAUCUAAAAGCACGUGGAUAUACAUCCGUCCUGCACGCUUGCUUAUGUUUUAUUUCUGGAAGAAAUUGAUGUAUUGAGUGUCUCGGUGUCAAGCUCAUCGGGUGGACAAAGGAGAGAUGCGUACCAGUGGAGUCCUGAAAGUGGCAGUGCUGGUAUCCAUCUUGUCUUUAAUGGUGUUCUUUGUAGUCCAGUUUCUUAAUGUAAACCUGAAUUUCAAUUUGGGAAACCUUUUUGUGAGUUCGGCUUCCUCUAUACGAGAGCCUUCCAAACCUCCCCAAUACAAAUGUAGGCUGUCCAAGCCUUGUCCUGAUAGACACUUUGCCUUUAAGAUGGCCAGUGGUGCAGCCAGUGUAGUUGGGCCAAAAAUAUGCUUGGAGGACAACAUAUUGAUGAGCAGUGUGAAGAACAAUGUAGGAAGAGGAAUAAACAUCGCUCUUGUGAACGGAAAGACUGGGGAUCUUAUCAAGACAGGUGUCUUUGACAUGUGGGCUGGAGAUGUCAAGCCCCUCAUAGCAUUUUUGAAAACCAUAGAAGAAGGAACUGUGGUGAUGAUGGCCACCUUUGACGACGCUGCCACCAAACUAAACGAUGAAGCUAAGCAGCUAAUCAGUGAACUGGGCAGCUCCAGCAUUAGCACCUUGUCCUUCAGGGAUAACUGGAUUUUUGUGGGAGGGAAAGGGAUCAAAACCAAGAGUCCCUUUGAACAGCACAUAAAAAACAGUGCAGAAACAAACAAGUAUGAAGGCUGGCCAGAGGUCCUGGAAAUGGAGGGCUGUAUCCCUGCAAGAGAGGACUGAUGGAAUACCCCCCAAGUCUGCCUUUCCCUGCACUGGAGCAUGCCCUCUGCUUUCCUCUGUUCUGUAGACUGAUUCAGUUUAAGGAAUAGGGAUUAGUGGUCUUGAAGGUUCUUUUAACAUUGCUGUUUUCUCAGCUGCAGGAGAUAGGUUGCAUAUUUAAACUCCGAGUCUCUUUUAAAUAUUUUUCUCUGAAAUGGUCAUCACUUUAGAGAAAAGUGUGUGCUAAAUGAAUAAAUGUAAGUGUAAAAUAUGCAACCAAUUUUUCAGACUUUUGCAAAAUGGACUAAGCACUGAGUUAAAAGUGGGAAGCCAGAGCCCUGACCACCAGUGCUUGAGAUGUUUAUUUUAAGCUUUGCAAUUACUAAUGCAUUUCAACGUAAGAGGUACUUCUUCACUCCUAUUAUUAAAAUGUUCACAUUUUAAAAAUGGAUCAGUAUACAAAUAUUUGGAGUACAGGGCUUAGCAUGUUCUGUUUCUUUCUGUGGACUGCUGCUCUAGCUUCGAUAUGGUGGACAUGUGAGAAGAGCAACAAUGAAUUGUUUGGAAAAACAAGCCUUUUUGAAAUUAACAAACUGACUGCUGCGCCUUUGUAGCAAUUUUUGCAGCACCAGUUGUGCCAAAAUGGAUGCCACUUUUAAAUAAACUUAUUUAAUACACACAUUAUAUGUAAAUAAAAUGUUGUAAUGUUAGUAAUCCAAGAAGACUGAGCAAUUAAAAGCAGUAACAUUAAAGUGGGAAAUUUGUAUGAA